CCUCCCGGCCCCCCCAGAGCACCAGCAGCCAUUUCAUCUCCGGCUCCAAGUAGGCGCAAAAAAUGGCAGAAAUGGAGAAAGAAGGGAGACCUCCCGAAAAUAAAAGGAGCAGGAAGCCGGCGCACCCGGUGAAGCGGGAGAUCAACGAGGAGAUGAAGAACUUCGCAGAAAACACUAUGAAUGAGCUCCUUGGCUGGUAUGGUUAUGAUAAGGUUGAACUGAAAGAUGGAGAAGAUAUUGAAUUCAGGAACUACUCUGCAGAUGGGGAAAGCCGCCAGCACAUUUCUGUUCUCAAAGAAAAUUCUUUGCCAAAACCAAAAUUACCUGAGGACAGUGUUAUUUCACCAUACAAUAUAAACACAAGCUACCCAGGGCUUGCCACGGGAAAUGGACUUUCAGACUCACCAGCAGGGUCAAAGGAUCACGGGAAUGUACCUAUUAUUGUCCCAUUAAUUCCGCCACCUUUCAUAAAGCCACCAGCAGAAGAUGAUGUGUCAAAUGUACAAAUAAUGUGUGCCUGGUGCCAGAAAGUUGGAAUCAAGCGCUAUUCCCUGAGUAUGGGAAGUGAAGUGAAAUGCUUCUGCAGCGAGAAGUGCUUUGCAGCUUGCCGAAGAGCAUAUUUCAAGAGAAACAAGGCUAGAGAUGAAGAUGGACAUGCUGAAAAUUUUCCCCAGCAGCACUAUGCUAAGGAAACUCCAAGACUUGCCUUCAAGAAUAACUGCGAACUACUUGUAUGUGACUGGUGUAAGCACAUAAGACACACAAAAGAGUAUCUGGAUUUUGGGGACGGGGAAAGAAGGCUUCAGUUCUGCAGUGCAAAAUGUCUCAAUCAGUACAAAAUGGACAUUUUCUACAAAGAGACACAGGCCAAUCUUCCAGCUGGACUGUGCAGUACAUUACAUCCUCCAGUUGAAAAUAAAGCAGAAGGCACUGGAGUACAGCUGCUGACUCCAGAUUCUUGGAAUAUACCGCUAGCAGAUGCUCGGAGAAAAGCUCCAUCCCCAGCGUCUGCAGCUGGCCAAAUUCAAGGUCCUGGACCAUCAGCGUCUACCACUGCCUCUCCGUCUGACACUGCCAACUGCUCUGUCACUAAAAUCCCCACGCCAGUUCCCAAACCUAUUCCCAUCAGUGAGAAUCCAAAUAUUCCACCAGUUUCUGUCCAGCCACCUGCUAGCAUUGUGCCUCCAAUUGGUGUCCCACCUCGCAGUCCUCCCAUGGUAAUGACAAACCGUGGGCCAGUUCCGCUGCCCAUAUUCAUGGAGCAGCAAAUUAUGCAGCAAAUCCGUCCGCCAUUUAUUCGUGGGCCGCCUCACCAUGCCUCAAAUCCUAACAGCCCUCUGUCAAAUCCAAUGAUCCCUGGAAUCGGUCCACCACCAGGUGGCCCCAGAAAUAUGGGUCCCACCUCCAGCCCCAUGCACAGGCCAAUGCUUUCCCCUCACAUCCACCCCCCCACGACACCGACCAUGCCUGGGAACCCUCCAGGCUUGCUGCCGCCCCCUCCUCCUGGAGCCCCUUUGCCCAGUCUUCCCUUUCCCCCUGUCAGCAUGAUGCCAAAUGGUCCUAUGCCUAUGCCACAGAUGAUGAACUUUGGGCUGCCAUCCCUUGCCCCUCUGGUGCCACCCCCAACUCUAUUAGUGCCAUAUCCUGUCAUUGUCCCUUUGCCCGUCCCCAUCCCCAUUCCCAUCCCUAUCCCUCACAUCAACGAUUCCAAGCCCCCCAGCGGUUUCUCCAGCAACGGUGAAAACUUCAUUCCGAGUAACUCCAGCGAGACGCCUGGAGCAAAGCCACCCAAUAGCUCUUCGUCCCCUCGAGAGUCAAAACAAGGAUCGUCCAAACCCUCCGACUCCUCUCCGAGCUGCUCAGGCCAGUCCCUAAAUCAAGCUCAAGUGCUUCAGGAGCACGGUAAAAAUGAAGUUGUUGACUUGACUGUCAGACCUAGUAGUCCUGUGAACAGUAAGUUUGGUUUCCCCAGUGUGCUACAGGGUCCGCAGGAUGGUGUGAUCGACCUAACGGUGGGCCACCGGUCUAGGCUGCACAAUGUCAUCCACAGGGCUCUACAUGCCCAAGUGAAAGUCGAGCGUGAGCCUAGCAGUGUUGUAAAUUUGGCUUUCGGUAGCUCAGACAAAAGGAACUGCAGCGACUGCAGGGACAAUUGCAGCCCAAUUGACUCAAAAACAUUACCAUGCGGUGACGCAGCCCACUGCUGCCCUGUCUCCUUGGCCUCCGGCACACCGGGACUGGAAGCCGGAGCAGCUGUGUGCAAUGUCAUUGUGAAUGGCACAAAGAGCACAGAGGGUUCCAAGAACCCGGAGCCACCCCAGGACCUGAAAAAGCCACAGCCCCCAGAGGAGUUGGCGGUGAGCGAGCUGGAGUCUGUGAAGGAGAAUAACUGCGCAUCGAACUGCCACCUCGAGGGAGACACUGGCAAGAAGGCUGGGGAAGAGCCCCUUGCCGGAGGAGACAAGCAGGACCCCAACCUCAACAAUCCGGCAGACGAGGACCAUGCGUAUGCUUUGCGGAUGCUGCCCAAGACAGGUUGCGUGAUCCAGCCUGUGCCAAAACCAGCAGAAAAGACUGCUAUCGCGCCGUGUAUUAUGUCAACGCCAAUCCUCAGCACAGGGCCAGAGGAUCUGGAGCCACCAUUGAAAAGGAGGUGUCUCCGAAUUCGAAAUCAGAAUAAGUAAAGGAACGCUCGCCAACAGGGUACCUUGCAUGGAGAAAGGGAGCAGAGCAAACCACAUCGCUCCAUCCAACGACACCAGCUGGUCCGCUCACCACCCCUCUGGCUAAAAGUCAAGCAAAUAAAGCAGCUUCCCAUCACGAAGUCCCUCUGAGGAAGCCUCAGUCCCACGGGUGCCUUUGACCCAGAAGACAGCACAUCAUGGACCCACACAGUGUGCUCAGCAUUCCCGCGACCGCCCCUCUUCUCCUCCAAGGAACGCUUUCUCCUCUUGGUUUCUUGCUGUGGGGAUUUUUCACCCUGGUUUCAAAAACCACAUGGACCAACGUAGGUACUUUUUCCCUCCCUGACUUCAAAGUUCAGAUAUUUGAGACUGGACAGUGAUAUGGAUUUUUUUUUUUUCCUUUUUUUUUUUUUUUUUCUUCGAAAAACUGCUGUGGUUUUGCUGCUACACUAAGAAUCGUGAUUUGCAUUGUAUGGUUUUGGACCUAUUCAAGUUUUGAUGGGGGAAAGGGGUAAUACUGGAGUAGCAACGCUUCAGAGUCAUCUCUGUCCUACCCACGAUGCACUUUUAAAUGAAGAGGUAGAAUAUUUUAUUGGCUAAUAUACUUUCCUUGUUAUUUUUACAAAGGCCACCUUUAUCCUUUCUAAUGCCAUAUUUUCAGUGUUACACUUUUAUGGCUUUUAAUUUUUGAUUUGACAGAUGUAAGAAGCAGCAUGAAUAGUUUAUACUGUGGUUUUUCAGAGACUGAAUGCCAAGAGAACUCAGUAAAUGUUUAUUCUUCUCAGCUUUCUCUUUAAAUUCCCCUAAAUAGCGCCCCAUUUGGGAACAGAGCAAGAGUGUUGAACUAAAGACCAAAAUUCCCUCAAGGUGUAAAAUAAUCUGAGGGGAAUAUUUGCUGGGCGUCACGAAAGACUCGGAUGAAAUUUCAACCCUGAUGGUUUUCAGUGAUCCAGGAAGGCAGUGAGACAAUCUCUCCAUAUGCAUAGCCCUUUCAUGAUAAUUAGAAUGGUAUGGACAAACCAAUGAAAACAAGGGUAAAGUGAGAAAGAUCCCUCAUGAUUCUGUUUCACUGUUUGCUUUCUCCUGUCAUGGUUAAGAGAAAUGUGCAAUUCGAUCCUCAAUCAGUGGGUGGAGGAUAACAGGGUAGAAUUUACUUGUGUGCACUUGUACAGUCGUAGCCAAGAGUCCAAAAGUACACUAGAGCAUGUUAUACUGGCACUGAAUUGGUAAGAGAGUCGUGGAGUAUCCCAUUCUGACAAAUACAAAAAAAAAAAACAACAAAACA